CAGUGCGGGCGGACAAUGGCGCGGAAGAAAGUUCGGCCGCGGCUGAUCGCCGAGCUGGCCGGGCGUGUGCGGGCCCUGCGCGAGCUGCGGGAGCGGCCGCGCGACUCGCAGCGCUAUGCCCUGGACUACGAGACGCUGUCACGGCCUCUCUCGGGCCGCCGGCUGCCCCCGCGGGCCUGGGCUGACGUGCGCCGCGAGAGCCGCCUCCUGCAGCUCCUCGGCCGCCUGCCGCUUUUCGGCCUCGGCCGCCUCGUCACGCGCAAGUCCUGGCUGUGGCAGCAUGACGAGCCGUGCUACUGGCGCCUCACGCGGGUGCGGCCCGACUACACCGCGCAGAGCUUGGACCACGGAAAAGCCUGGGGCGUUCUGACCUUCAGAGGCCAGACGGAAAGUGAGACCCGGGAGAUCGAGCAGGUCAUGUACCACGACUGGCGGCUGGUGCCCAAGCACGAAGAGGCGGCCUUCACCACUUUCACACCAGCCAGCGAGGACCUCCGGCGCUCCGUGCCCUACCCACCCCUCCUCAGGGCCAUGAUAUUGGCCGAUCGGCAGAAGAGCAGGGACCAGAGCAUAGAGGAGCCCAUGCUGAAUCUGGAGAGGGUACACAUCAGCCCCUGGGACUACCCGGCAAAACAGGAGGUGAAGGGCAAGGCCAAGGGCACCCCAGUCUAAAGUGCCAGAAUCGGAAGGCAGCUCCAGUGCAGCAAGGCCCCGGUGAGGAAGGAAAAGGCCUCUGGGUUCACCUGUCAGCUCCUAGAACUUGAAUAGACCUUCUGGCCAUACCUGACUUUCGGAGGGUGUGCUUUUCUGGCUGGGUGGUGGGGUGGGCAUGAUCCUGCAUCUCCCAUCUCCUGGACACUUAGGUCUGAGACCAAGAGAGGGCUGCUAGGGCAAACUGGAAGCAUGGGGGCUAGCGGGCCUAGGGGCCCGUGGUGGACGCGGCGCAGAGCGCACUCUACUUCUUCCUGGGCUUCCUUCCGUUGCAUGUUGUUUGUGCCUAGACCCGGGCUCUGGACGUGAAUAAAGGCCACCGAAGUA